GAAAACUGAGAUCGGGGUCGUAAAUUAGUCAUUUUACCUUGAGGCCCAUUAACCCCCAACCUGCUUUCACGCUCGUGUUACUGUAAGUCCGUAAGCCGUCGUCUCCAGCUCGCUCUCAGUCUCAACCGACUUCUUUGGCUCCCCUCCGUCCGGUAUCAGUAAUAUUUGACAGAAGAUGGCAUGGAGGCAAAUGUUAUUCCCCACCAGAUCAAUGUUGGUACCAUUUUCCACAGGCGGGUUCGCCAGAUUCUCCACCAAAUCAAACCCUUAUCUAGUGAAAGUUGGGAUACCAGAGUUUUUGAAUGGGAUUGGCAAUGGAGUGGAAUCUCAUGUGGCCAAGCUUGAUUCUGAGAUUGGCGAUUUCCAAAAGCUGCUUGUCACUCGUACUCUCAGACUGAAGAAACUUGGCGUCCCUUGCAAACAUAGGAAGCUGAUCUUGAAAUACACUCACAAGUAUAGGCUGGGACUUUGGAGGCCUCGAGCUCAGCCCGUCAAAGUCUAGUUAAUCUGGGAGUAGCAUGUCCUUUACAAAGAUUUUGUCUGCUGCAAAAUGUGACUGUCAGACGCUUGAUGCAUUGAGCUUUGAAAGAAGAGUUUUGCUUGCUUUUUGUUCUAGUUGUUCGUCACCUUUAUUUAAAUUUCAUUACGAAGUUUAGUGGUUUAGUGUCUGAUGUACUGGAUAACUGGAUGUUCAGUUGCAUAUGUAAGAGAUGUGAUCGAACAUUUAUGGGUACAUGUAUCGUCAAUCCAGUACCUGCAUUACUUUGAAGACUUAGCUUGGUUUUCAGUUACUGAGGAGCUAAAGAUUAUGUAAUCCACCAUUUAGACA